UAAUUAUGAUCAAAUUAAAAAAGAAUUAGAAAAAAUUACUAAAAAACGUGAUGAUUAUAAAAAAGAUUUAAGAAAAAGUGAAGAAGAAAAAAGAAAAAUUAAUCUUGAAAUUCAAAAAAAUAUGAGUAAAAAAAGAAAACUUAAUAGUGAAAAACUUACUAGUGCUGGUGAUGAAAAUGCUUUCAAUGCAUGUGGAGAGAAAAGACCUGAAGGGUCAAAAGUUAAUAGAAUAAACUUUGGACCAACUUUACAUAAUGAUAGAUUAUUUUAUAAUGAUACGGUAUAUAAACGUAUAAAUCUAUGGAGAUUAUUUCAAGAAAAAGAAAAUAAACCUAGAUUUAGUAAAUUGGUUUUAUCAGAUAUUUCAAUUCAUUUGGUUUUCACAUCAGUUCAUACUAGACAAAUUGAAAAUUUAGUUGGAAUUGCACCAUGGCUGUACUACCAACAAAUCAAAAAAACACAAAAUGAUAUAACUCCUGAAGAAAUUCUUGUUGAUAUGAACAAACUAGAUAAACUAGAAUUAAAAGAUUAUUUUCAAAUUUUAGCAGAAUAUUAUGGAAAAUUGAUUUACUUUUUGAGUACACAAUUUUUAUUAGAAACUGGACAAACGGGUUUACCAGUUUAUAUUAGUAAUAGGCAAAUUGAAAUCACAUAUAGAUAUGAUGCUAAUAUUGAGAAUACAUAUAAAAUAGCAAAUAUAAUCGCACAACAACUAAUACAAGCUCAAGGUCAAGAUGGAGGAGGAGCACUAAUGGAGGAAAAUCAAAAUGAUAACCUUUAA